AUGCCGCCCCGAAAAAGAAGCGCCCCCGAGGCUAUUGAAGAAGCUGCGCCAAAGCGAAGAUCUUCGCGACAAGCAGCAUCAAAAAGUCAAUCACAACCUGAAGCGGCUCCAGCGACAAAGGCAGCUCCAACAAAGAAAUCAGCAAAGAAACAGCAAGAUGAGCCAAAGCAACAAAAACCGGAUGCAGAAGCCAUAAAGACAAAGAAACCCGCCAAGAAACAAGAAUCUAACCAAUCUCGUUCACGCGCUACAUCCGAAGAUCCAGAUAUUGACUCCAUCCCCACGACAAAUCCCGAUGCGCCUAGACAUGAUGGACAGUGGUACUGGCUCAUGAAAGCCGAGCCUGAGACACGUAUUGAGAACGGUGUCGAUGUCAAGUUUUCGAUUGAUGAUUUGCGGACAAAGACAGAACCUGAAGGAUGGGAUGGAAUUCGAGCAUAUGCUGCGCGAAAUAAUAUGAGGAAAAUGAAUGCGGGCGACCUCGCCUUCUUUUACGCCAGCAACUGCAAGGAACCCGGUAUAGUCGGUAUCAUGGAAAUCGUCAAGGAAUUCUCCGAAGAUCGAUCUGCUCGCAAGCCAAGCGCUCCAUACUACGAUCCCAAAUCGACCAAGGAGAAACCCAUCUGGGACUUGGUGCAUGUCGAGUUCCGCAAGAAGUUCGCUGUGCAGAUUGGUCUCAAGGAGUUGAAAGAGCUGGGAAAGGCUGGUGGUCCGUUGGAGACGAUGCAGUUGAUGAAGCAGUCGAGGCUCAGUGUGAGUCAAGUCAGUGGUGAUGAGUUUAAGUUUUUGUGUGAGCUGGCAGAUAAGAAGGCGAAGGAUGCGGGAUUGGAGCACGAAGAGACCAAGCUGUGA